AUGACGACGAUGGAGAGUUUGAUCGGACUGGUGAACCGGAUUCAGAGAGCCUGUACUGUGCUCGGUGACUAUGGCAGUGGAGGCAACCCUUUCCCUUCUCUCUGGGAAGCUCUUCCCACUGUUGCCGUCAUCGGUGGCCAGAGUUCUGGAAAAUCAUCGGUGUUGGAGAGUAUUGUAGGGCGUGACUUUCUUCCAAGAGGAUCAGGGAUCGUGAAGAGGCAGCCUUUGGUGUUGCAGCUUCACAAGACGGAUGAUGGAAUGCAGGAGUAUGCCGAGUUCCUUCACAUCCCGAGGAGGAAGUUCUCUGAUUUUGCCCUGGUUCGCAAGGAGAUUCAGGAUGAGAGUGAUAGAAUAACUGGGAAGACAAAAAUGAUUUCUCCUGUUCCUAUCCAUCUCAGUAUCUACUCUCCAAAUGUUGUCAACUUAACCCUGAUUGAUCUACCGGGUUUAACAAAAGUUGCUGUUGAGGGACAACCUGAAAGUAUUGUUGAAGAUAUUGAAAAUAUGGUCCGAACUUAUGUUGAGAAGCCUAAUUGUAUCAUACUCGCAAUAUCUCCAGCCAAUCAAGAUAUUGCGACAUCAGAUGCUAUCAAACUUGCUAGGGAAGUGGAUCCCACUGGUGAAAGGACAUUUGGUGUGUUGACGAAGUUGGAUUUGAUGGACAAAGGAACUAAUGCAUUGGAUGUUAUUGAAGGAAGAUCGUAUUGCUUGCAACAUCCUUGGGUUGGAAUUGUUAACCGUUCCCAGGCUGACAUCAAUAAAAAUGUUGACAUAAUAGUUGCAAGGCACAAGGAGCGGGAGUACUUUGCAACCAGUCCUGAAUAUGGGCAGUUAGCCAGUAAAAUGGGUUCAGAGUAUCUUGCAAAACUUCUCUCAAAGCACUUGGAGUCUGUAAUUAGGGCUCGGAUUCCAAGUAUAACAUCUUUGAUUAACAAAAGCAUCGAGGCACUUGAGUCGGUGAUGGAUCAUCUUGGUAGACCUAUUGCCGUUGAUGCUGGGGCUAAGCAGCUUGCACAAUCGUUGGAUGAAGACCCUGAAUUGAUGGAGGGGAGGCAACAAUGUGCAAAAAGGCUUGAAUUAUACCAGUCAGCCAGGGACGAGAUCAAUUCUAUAUCAUGGGCCUGUUGA